AUGGAGAGAUCAUCUUCCCCUUCAAAGGUUCUCCUCGUCUUCCUCCUGCAGUUCCUCCUGCUCUCUGAACCUCUGGAAGCAAGGAUACUAGGUGAUGCAUACGACCACAAGAACCUGCUCGCGUCGGGUGUCGAUGGAGAUGCCGCACUGCUGCCCGCAUCACACCUGAACCUCGCCGAUGUUGCAGGGGACAGGCGUCCCAAGUAUACGCCGCCUUCUCCGGUGCGACCUCCGUCGCCGCACCAUCUCCACGGAGAUGGCGCGCAUGAGCAGCAAAGGUCUCCGCCGGCGUCGUCCUCGACUGAACCUGCACCACUGCGUGAUUACAGUCGCCAGCAGGCUGAAGCUGCAGGGCACCCACCCAUGAUGGAUGUAUCGCGCGCGUUUCUCCAAACGAUCAUGGGAUAUGUGACGAAAAUGUAA